ACGGAGCAGAGCUCUUCGGCGAGACCCGGAUAAUGGAGUCGAUUUGGUCGGAGAGAACCGCUGGCUGACUGAAGUGCGGGGGCUGUUAUGGCUGCACGUCGCACCGUGAGCUGCAAGAAUUUCUUCUCUUCUGGAGCAACUCCAUGCAUCGAAAAGCACGGCACUUUCUUGCCCUCCCUUUCGUCUGCUAUCUCUGCAGCCGCACAUUCUCGCGUGAAUUGUGUGCAAAUCGUCAGGACUCGCCGUGGGCUCGGGCGACUUCGAGCUCGUGUAGCUAUGCAGCUCGGUCAUGCGGCAACUACUGCUGCCAGACUUGGAAAUUUGAAUCCUGAAUUCGGUUUUGAGAAAUUCUGCAUUCUUCCCCGGAACCGCGCCCAGACUAUCAACAAUUAUGGACAUUUUUAUUUGGGAAUGUCAAUUUCCUUGGGACUUCAAAAUGUGAGAGGUGAACAUCUGGUUGAACGUGCAUACUCUGAGAUUCGAGGGAAGAAGCCUCGACAAGUAUACAUUCGUGCUGCAGUCAAUGACGUUCCUCCCAGUGCGGAGCGCGAAUUAGAAUUUUUCAGCCUGAGGAAGAGUGUUAGUGAAUUCGCCUCUCAAGUGACAGACAUCAUACAGUCUUCGGGGAUGGAGGGUCUAGAGGCGUCCGUUUCCAAUCUUGAGCAUGAAGCUGGUCAAAGCGAUCUCUGGGACGAUCCUUCCACUGCCCAGUUGACUCUAUCAAAUCUUCUGGAUGCAAAAAGCGAACUCACCACCCUUAGGAGCUUCGAGUCGAAGGUGGAGGAUGCUCAGAUGAUCAUUGAGCUGUUAGAAGACUCAGGCGGUCGUGAUGCCGAAUUGCUAGAGGAAUUAAAUUCAAUAGUCCGUUGGCUUCGGAUUGCUGUAGAUCGUUAUGAGAUGACCAAACUUUUGUCUAGGCCGUACGAUAAGAAGGGUGCUCGGCUGACCAUCUCAGCUGGAGCAGGCGGAACGGAUGCUCAGGAUUGGGCUGAAAUGCUCCUCCGCAUGUAUACUAGAUGGGCCGAUCAAAAUGAAUACAAGACAAAGGUAGUUGAGGUUUCUCAAGGCGAGGAAGCUGGAAUCAAGUCCGCCACUCUGGAGGUUCAUGGGCCUUAUGCGUAUGGGUAUCUGAACUGCGAGAAGGGCACUCAUCGCCUCGUCAGGCAAUCUCCUUUCAACGCCAAGGGACUUCGCCAGACAAGCUUUGCUGGGGUGGAAGUAAUGCCGAUUUUUGAGGAUGACUCAGUAACAGUUGACAUUCCUGAUACGGAUCUCGAGAUCGGAACCUCGAGAGCUGGUGGUGCAGGGGGGCAGAACGUGAACAAAGUGGAGUCCGCCGUUCGGAUCACUCACAUCCCCACCGGCAUUUCCGUUCGAUGCACAGAGGAGCGGAGUCAGCUGCAGAACAAAGCUAAAGCUAUGGCUCUACUGAAGGCGAAAUUGCUCUGCAUAGCUGAAGAGCAGAGAGCCUCAGAUCUAAGAGAAAUCAAGGGCGAUGUCGUGAAAGCAGAAUGGGGUCAGCAAAUCAGAAACUAUGUCCUCCAUCCGUACAAACUAGUGAAGGAUGUGCGGACUAGCGUAGAAACCACGGAUGUCAAUGCUGUCCUGGGAGGGGACCUAGAAAUUUUUAUCAAGGCACUUUUGAGACAGAAGCAAUCAAAUCUAUUCGGCGACGCCACUCUCUCCACAGAGCCUUGAGCUUUUGUAACGGACACGAUCUUAUAAUCUACAGUAGGUUUCAG